AUGACCUCUUGGGAGAUGGACUGCAGAGAGUGGCAGCUGCAGCUCCCUGACUCAAAGGAGGCCCCGAGCAGAUCAGAGUCCAUUUGCACUGAAGACUUGGCCGAUGAGUUCCACAAAGGCCUGGUGAAUGUGCUGCUGAGCUCCGAUGAAGAUGAGGCACCUUCUGGUCUCGCCUCAGGCCCCAGAGAUUUGAGGCCACCCACAUCUCAUGCUACCAUCCUGCCUGAGAUGGCUGGUCCUUGUCCAGCUUUCAGAUCUCUCCACCCUGAUUCGGAUUCUCCCAGAUUGGAGUCGACAAGCCAGCGGUGGCCAGCAGAAGCGUCCAAGGAGAAACGGAGCCAAGAAUUGGCUCCUCAUUCCAGAGAAGGUCCCCUCCAGAGUCUUCCUCAACAGGGAGUCAAGAACGUGGAAGCCCCACGAGAAAAAGGCUCUGUGCUUAGGCAGAACUGUUCUGUCAAGAGCUCCAGUGGAACGGAUAUAGGAAGGGGAGGCCAGCCAUGGAAGAGGAGCCCUCACGCCAGACUCCAGAGCGCAAGAGAAGAAGCCAAACUCCUUGGCGGAAAGGAGAGGCUGACGCCACCUGAAUUGGGGAUGGAUCCUGGAGUCAUUUAUGGCCCAAGGGAUGCGGAGAAGACUCCAGCGUUGGCCAGAAGACCGAGGGAGACCUGGGCUGUUGCUUUGAGCGCUGACGUCCAUGGUGAAGUUCCAGAGAGGGGAGAAACUGGCGGCCCUGAUGUGAAAAAGCCCCAGAUGCCAGCACGAAAUCCAUGGAGGUCCUCUAGUUCCAGCGUCUUUGAUGUAGAUGAAGAGCCGUUUGCACAGCUGGCCGGCCAAAAAAGGACUUCUAGCAACUUCAGGAGGGCUGAUCUGGUGCUGCUGGAAUAUAAGCGGGAUAUCUACCUGAAGGAAGUCGUGGAACUGGAGGAAGAGCUCAGCUUGCUCCGGCGACAGGGCAGGAAGUACGGAGCCCUGCAGGUGGAGGCUCUGCUGUCCCAAAAGGAUCUGGAAAUAGCGAGGAUGCACAAGAACCUCUCAGGCUUGGAGGUGGAAAAGGAAGCCCUGGAUGGCAUUGUCCAGAGCCUGAAAAAGGAACAUCAACAACAGCUGAAGAAGGUUCAACAGGACGCAUUCCAGGAAAAGGAGAAAGACCUCUGCAAGCUAAGAGAAGAGAUGCAGCUACAAGAGAAGCGGGCUUUACAAAAGUGUGUGGAGAGCUCGGAAGUGGCUAAAGCCAGCGCUCUUCAGGAACAAGCUGUCACCUUCCAGAAGGAAAUUGAAGAUCUACAAAAAAUCCUAAAGGAGCGAGAGGCAGAAGUCAUCCAGCUGCAGGAAGCCAUGCAGAAGCAGGCAAUGGCGCUGAAGGCCAACGAGGUGGCACAGGACGCUCUGCACCAGGAGCAGAAGAAAUGGGAAGCGAACGCCCAGGCAGCCCUCCGGAUGCAACGAGAGGUCCUGGGGGAGCAGGACCGUAGGAGGCAGGCGGAUCUCCAGAGAGCCCUGGAGAAGGAAAGGAAACUCAACCGUGCUUUACGGAAUGAAGCAGGUGACCUCCGUCAGAAGAUCGAGGGCUUGGAGAACCAGGCCCGUUUGUUGGAAGAGGAGAAACGAGCCAGCCUGGAAGAACUCCAGGUUGGGCUGCAGAAGGAAAAGGAUGAAGCUCUUCAGAGGCUGCGAGAGGAGCUGGAGCAGGAAAGGAUGCAAGAAAGAGAAGAAAUGAGGACGAAGCUGCAACAGAUGAAAGAAGGCGAAGAACAUCUGCAAGUAGAAUGCAGCCGGAUGUCCCUCCGGGAGCAGGAAGCUUGGGCCCAGGCUGACCAGAUGGAUCAUUUUUGGGCCACUCAGGUUGCCAUAGCAUGUCAGCAGCUCCAGGAGGUCCUUCCUGAGAAGGCAGCCCUGCGGCCUCACCUGCUGUGCAGAGGUGUCCUUCCUCUCUCUUCCGGCGCUGCCCUCCAGGCCCUGCGAGAGGUGAAGGAAGAAAUUCAGAGUUACAUCCAGGAUCUCAACCACGAGCUUGAGCAGCGAAGGCAGCGUAUUUCCCAGAUCCAGAGAGAGAAGGAGGUGGAGUUGAGGCAGCAGAAAGAGCAGCUUCACCUGGAAAGUCGGUCUGUUCUGGAAGCGCUGAAAGAGCAGCUGGUUCAGGAACACAUGAACGACAUCCUUGCCCUGCAGCGCAGCUGGUUGAAGGAAGGACAGGGGAAAGACAACCCUGGGUGGGAUCCAUCACUUGGUAAGCUGCAUGCUGCCCAGAAGAAGGUGGUUUGUGAGAAAGACGACGCAGAUCACACGCCCAUCCACCAACCAAAGGGGCGUCUUGAGCGAGACGGGCCUUGGAAAAACACCGGGGAAGGGAAAGAAAAACAGCUCGGAGGGUCCGAGGGCAGGAAGAGCCCUCCUUGCCCUCGGCGAACGGGAGAGACCAACCGCAAAGUGGAAGCUCUCCAAGAUACGGGGAAGGCGUGGAAGAUGUGGGUGGAAGAUGUGGACGCCGCCGUUGUGCACUGGGGAGAAGCAGCUUCGGUGUGCUGCUCUGGUUCACAGCCCUGA